CCCAGUAUGAACGAAAUAAAAAUCUCGUACCUGAACUAUCCCAUAUAUGGAAUAGGGUCCAAUGAUAAGUACGUGGUGACAUCGGGAGGAGGGGGGGGAAAAAAUUAUGGAAUUGAAGACCUCCUUGAUAUUAACACGUUUGACGAGAAGGAAAAGAAGUUGCAAGUUCUGUGGUCGACGACCCAGCAAAGAGGUGUUGUCGAUUCGAUUAUCUAUGAUGAAAAGUAUGACAUAUGGUUAGGUUCAGUCAGGAACGAGUGUGUUAUUUUCCAAAUAAAUGAAGACACCGGUCCAAAUAUCAUACACAGCUUCGUCACGGACUUUAGUGAGAAACACUCCAGGCAAGUGGUCGUCAAAUUUUCUUCCGUCAGUAACUUCAUUUUAACAGGGGGGGAGGACAAAACGCUGAAGCUUUGGAAGCUCAAAAUUGCAGCAGGAGAAGCGGCAGGAGGGGGAGCGGCAGCAGGAGGAGCGGCAGGAGGGGGAGGCGAAGCAGCAUCAACAGCAGCCGCAGCGACCGGAGCAGCCGCAUCCGCAGCAGCCGGAGUAGCCGCCGCAUCCGGAAGGGUCCCCAUCGGGAAGGAGAAAAACUACUUCAUCGACACGUCCAGCAACAUAGUCGAGCACAUAGGAGACUUCAAAGGACACGAAGAAUGCAUCAAAGAUUGCGACAUAGCACAAGACGAAAAAAUUCUGUGUACAUGUUCCUCUGAUAAUUCACUUAAAAUAUGGGACACACACACCAUUGUGAAUCUACACACAGAACAAAUGACGAAUCCGAAACAAAAAGGUGACAAGCUAAAUUUCCGAUGCUGUAAAUUUAUGAGAAAUACAAAAAGGACUGAUAAUUUCGUGUAUACUCUGUUAACGACUGCGUAUACAUCGAGAGGAAAUAGCUACCUCAUUAUUUGGAAUGUCUUAUUUGAUGACAAGAAAGAAAAAUUUUGUUGCACAAAGCAGAAGUUUAUUUGGUUGGAUGAUAGACCAUGUUGCAAUAUCGCCAUUAGUCAGAAUGAAAAAUUUCUUGCAUUAGGGUUCAGCACAGGUGCCCUAAAAAUUUACAACAGUAGGUAUUCCCUUUUAGCGCAUUACAAGAAGCAUGAGCUUCCCAUCACUGCUAUGUGUUUCAUCAAAAAUGAUACCUUUUUACUUUCCGCCGGGGCUGACUAUAGCAUAAGCUGUCUUCACAUUAACUCGUUUAGCUUCCGUUACUUGAGGAGAAUAUGGAAGCUCUUCCUCAUAUUGAUGGUCUUGCUGACUCUGUGCAUCAUUCUGCUUGAUUUUUUUAACGUUGGUUAUGACCUGCGCAUGAAGGAUAUCAUUCAGGGCAAGGCCGGGAUGGCCAAGACAAAGAAGAAGGGUCCCAAGGCAGCGCGCGGCCCACCCGCUGCCUCGGACGAGCUGUGA